AAAAUCAUUCAGAACCUCUACUCACCUCCUUCUCCACCCUUGGACCGUUAAUCUAGUCUCAUACUGUGGCUGGCUUGUUCCUGGUAUGCCUUACGUCGAUAUUCCAUCCAGAGACGACUACGUGUCGAUUUGGUACACCACCAACUCCGUCUACGGAAAUGUAGGCAGCUUCGACCCCGACAAACCAACCGCGAUUAUACUACACCCCUUGUUUUUAGACUCAACCUGGCUCGAGCAUCAGUUUGAUGACCCAAGACUGACAUACAAUCACAAUCUGAUAGCGUUCGACAUGCGCGUUUGCGGCAAAUCCAGGUGUCGUCCAAGUGGUUUACAUGAUAGCUGGGUGGAGGCGGCAGAUUUGGCUUUUGCGUGUCAGGCACUUUGUCUUCCUCCUGCUCAUGUGCUUGCACUGGAGAGCAUAUCUGUGAAUUGCGCGUUGAGACUGGCAGCCCUGUAUGUCUAAUCUCUGUGUGAU